ACCAGUAGCUGCCAGAAGAAGAACUCCUCCUCCGGCGCAGGGAGGGUGUAGUGGGGGCACUGGUGGAGUAACGCUAGGGGAAAAUAUUUCCUCCCCCUGCGAUUAAAAGUUUAGGUUUAUUUCGGUGAAGCUGCAGUGCAGAUAACAUGUCGUCUUGGGCGAAAUCAUCUGCAGCUGCCCGGCGGCCACCAGCUAACCCCAAUGGAAGUGCUCAACAGCUCCGUCUGUAUCGGAGACCAGCUCCUUAUCCCACCAGGGAGGAGAGGACCGAAGAGCUCAAGGAUGCCCUGGACAGUUAUGAAGAACUAGAGCAAAUGCAAAACUUCAGUGGAAGUGCAAAAUAUGAGACAUACAAGCAUCAGCCAACUGCCAAGCCAGAGGGCUGCACUCCAGCAGACAGACGUAAAGCCCUGUAUCAGAGGUUCUACAGACAGGUUCAGGAGGAGAGGAAGCCGCCCGACUGCGUGGUCCUCUCUGUCACCAACCAGUGCCUGGAUUACCCCAAAUCGCUAAGCCAGUGCUUGCAGGAGCGUGGCCUGUCAGUGGAAAUGCUCUACCUUCAGGCGGAAUCAGGCCUGACCCGGGCCCUGCAGGAUGUCCGAGCAGACGGCUCCCCGUUAUGUAUUCUGGUGGAGCAGACAAACAUAGCUCUGUCCUCCUGCACUGUUAUCAUAUUCUCAGAAUCCCUCAAAAUCCAUCGCAACAUGCCCAAAGACCAGGCCAUGGACUUUGUUGCAGCAGAGUACAGUCGCGGACUCGUCAAAGAGCGCCCACCGAGGGACCCCGCAGACAUUGCAGCACAGGCAUCACAGCUGCUGGAUGACUUUCUAGAUCGAGAAAAGAUUGAACGCUACAGUGUUCCCUCUGAAACACGCCAGCUCCUCUCACUAUUAGCUGAAGGGGUGCAUCUCUACUCCGAGGAGCUGGAAACCAUCUCGGAAUAUGUCCGUUCCCGGCAGGAACACAUACAAGCCUCCAACAUUGAGGGGGAGAGAGGGAACAUGUUACCGCCAGGACUGGGGAAACCACCUCCUCUGCUCCCUACUCCACCUGGACCCCCUCAACCUCAGUCUGCAGGUGGUGGCGGACCCAUGGUGGACCACUCCCCACCUUCACCUGCACCUCUCUUGCCUUCACCAGGUUCUUAUCCCAAAACCAAACCUCCUCCACUGCUUUCUUUGCAUCGGCCUCCUGGUCCAUCACUAGGACUCCCAACUUCACGAGGCCCCCCAUCCUCACACAGCCCCUACGGUGCCCCCACUGUGCCUCGUGGGCCCCUACUACCCCAUCCUCCGUACCAUCCAGGCCCCAGAGGCCCUCAUGGUAUUAGAGGAACCCCUCCUUCCCUAAAGAGUUCUCGCCCUCCACUUCUCUCUGCUCCAGGUCCCCCUCUUCCACGACCAAGUGGCCCCCGACACUAAGAAAUGACAGAGACAUGCACAUACAAACGCACACAGACACAUGCACACACACACACAUUGUAACAGGCUACAAGUGCUAGCAGUGUGCCAUUUCACCUAACUCUGGAAGAGAUGACUCCUGGCCCCUGCAUAAGUAGAAAACCACAUUCAGUGAGAUAGAAAUGAUAGCUGUUAAUGUUAGAUACAAGGUGCAAAAAGGUUCUGAGACUGUGCUUAUAAGAAGUAAAAAUCAUACCUGAUUUAGGCCUGCAUGUUUUCAACACGCUGUGAGCGGCUCAUUAUGAUGGAGCACCCGGUGGCCAUCACGCUACAGUUCAGGUCAUUUGCACCAGAUGUCCCCCCUCAGACAUCUCAGAGCAGUGCAGUAGAACUCAACACCGACUGUCUAAUCCUGGAGGACAAAUUCACCGUGCACGUCCCCAUGAAUAUCAAAGAAAACAAGAGGCAUUCUCUUCGCCACACUCAUGACCUGAUGAUCCCUCUUCAGUCUUUGAGAGUGCGGACUCUUCCACUGCAGAGGCUGGUAUUUGAUAUCUGGGUCAAAGCUGUAGACACAGCUCUCUUUGGACAUGAAGGUUGGGUCAUGUCGGGCGUGCUGAUGGAGAUCCUUGCAGACUUUGACACAGUACUGCUUCUGCUCCAUGGUGAAAUGCGCACCUGCAAGUAGUCACAAAAACAGGUGUAACACCGGUGCCAAUGUUGAUCAUAAAAUGUAACGCACCUGCUGCAUGCUUCUUACUGUGCCGCCCUGUGUUCAUUUGCAACAGAAACAGUCUCUGAACUUUUUGAUCGCACCUUGCUAUCAUUGUAUUAUUGUGGAUGGAUUGACAGAGGUUUGCACAGAGUAUUCCUGUGAUUGAUAAUUUGUUAACGUCCAACUUUUUUUCUCUUUAUGAUGUGCUACACUUCUCACUCAGUCAGCCCUUAAAAAUUGUGUUCUAUGCUUCCAGUUUGCCUUUUUAGACUCCACAAUGUGACAUGCUGCACAGGAUAAACGUUGAACAUCUCGCUUUGUAAGCUGAAUGCAUAAGAAAAACAGGAAAACAAUGCAACAGCUGGUUUACAUGUAAAGUGACAAAACGGCAAAGGGUGUUAGUGGUAAUAUGAUGGUAUCAGGUCUUUUAUUUUUUCUGUAUAUCAUGAAUAUAGCAAGUAGCCUACAUGCUGUAAAGGGUGUUUCAAGAUGGUGCUUAAAAUUUCACAAGGCGUUCUUAAGGAGAGAAAUACAUCAACUAAUUCAAAGUUUGUGUUUAUAAGCUGUAUUUUUUGCUCAAAUUCUAUUUUAUUUAUAUCUAAUGUUAUUUUUGACAGAAGUAGAGGUAAACUGUCUGAAGGAGUUUUGUACAAUAGUUCUCAUUCUAAAGUUUCAUACACAUCUUUUGGCUGCUUUUAUGACAAAUCCUCUUAUUUAUUACAUUCAGUUUCACUUCCUGUGUGCCGUCUUUCUAAACAUAUUCACGAUGUAUUUCCUUACGAUGUUUUUCAUACUUUGUUCAAGUGAGAGUAGUGACACGAAGAACAAAAAACUACUAUAUACCUUGGCAGUUAAAGCAUGCUUGUUCUGACAUCUUUUUCUAACCAUUAUUUUGUCACCCAGAUUUAAAAGAGACAUUUUGUGUUACAUGAAAGCAUAAGAGGCAGCUUGAAAUGCUUGCCAUCUCUUUAUAUAUUCUUGCAAAAACCAAGUGAACAAAUUGGUGUUGUCUUCACAGUUAGGACGUCUAAUUCUGAUGACCAUUUUGAUACAAAAUGUACAGGAAAGCUCCACUUCAAAAUUCUGAUUAUAUGUUAGGAGAUAAUCACAUUCAACUGUGCUUAUUGUAAUUCAGGGAAAAAAACUGGUUUUCUCCAUUACAAACAAUUAAAUACUGUAAAUGUUUUGGCUCUGUGCUGUUGAUUGGUUUUACACAUUUUGACUCAUUGCUAGAAUUUGUAGCAUAUUCUGGUUUGGUUGUUAACCUUCAUUUGCAAUACUCUCACAUGGCAUUUGUAGAGUUCAGAUAAGGCACCAAUCCAGUUACCAAGUGAAUCACAGCUUGUACUUUAUGUACUAAUGUUUGUGAGAAAUCCUCUUUGAAAUCUUGAAUGUGUUGAUUGCAAGAUUUUAUUUCCCGUGCUAUGGAACCAUUUGGGAAGCCUUCCAUGUUUUGUUUUAACCAUCAAAACGUGAAAGAUCACAGGUUCCGCAACAAGCAGUCAUUUGUGAGGAAAGACUUUUCUUUUAAACUGCUCAACAUUUUCUUCUGUUUUGUAGAUAUUGUUGAAAUCCUGUAUUCUCUCUCUUUUUUAAAAAAAAAAAUAUAAAUUGUAAAUGUUCAACAACUUUGCACUGUGGAUUAGUUGUCAUAUUUUCUUUGAUGUGCAGCAGUGUUAAUGUUGUUUUGAUUUGAUGAGUGUUUCUGUAGUUUUUCUUUUAUUCAAAAGAGAAUUAACCAUAAGGAAUAAAAAUCUAAUAAUUUUAAGUAUA